UGCGCAAUCGUUUCGCCUUAUUAUCCAAUUUACCACUCCGUAUCUGUGAAUCACAACAUUUCCGACACCACCUGAAGGCAGCAGCAGCGAAACGACAAGACACGAGAAAGAGAGACAUAUAGAGCGAAGGGAGAGAGAGGGAGAGCGAGAGAGAGAGAGAGAAAGAGAGGAACCUGUACUGUUUUACAGCACAAGGGGAUAGGAAUUCGCGAGAGACAACAAUAAUCAUUCUACACUUAUUUGAGCAAAGUUGAUCCGCGGGUUGCUGUUGUCAGUCGCUGCUCUGGAAGACACAGCGGUCCUUCCCUUCUAUCUCUAUCUGGAUCUGGACUCUUUAACAUUUUGCUUCUGGAGAGCUGCACCGGUCCCAUUUUUCUUUUCUUUUCUUUCUUUUUUUUUUUUUUAAACGAGAGCUCAAGCUGUGUUUUCAACUGUGAAGGGAAUGAAGAAGCGCUGAGGAUGUGGUAACAGGAGGUGCACCGGCAGGGUCAAGCAGGCUUUAGGGUCACUGAGGACAAAGGUGGAUGUUCUGAGGGCUCAAGGUUGUGUCACUGACUGAUGCUGGUGAAGCUCGUAAUACCUGAAGAUGAUGAGGCCGGCUGAGUGAGCAACAGACGAGUGGUGGAUUAGCUUCUCUGAUGGAAAGACAAAACUUUACUCUGCGACUCCAACUCUCUCCCAGUUAUAAAUACUAUGUGCCCAGCCUUUGUUAGCAUGAAAAAGCAAAUUGUUUUUAUGGCGUUGAUUCACUGAAGAUGGAUACGUUUUGUGGCAUCCAUUAACUGAACUUUGCUGAAUCAGCUGCAUUGGUAGCGGCACAAUUGUUGUAUGAUUGAUGUGCAGCUGCAGAUAGCAUUUUAUCUGACCAGCAAAGGCUCAUAAGACAUCCCUAGAUGUGCAGCUGCAGAUAGCAGUAGCUUCUUGUGAUUGAACCUGUGAGAAGCCGGAUAGACAGGGUAGUUUAAUUUACACCAUGAAUCCCAGGGACAGCGUGGAGGUAAUGGAGACCCAGGCGGGAGGUCAGAAGGAGAAGCUAAGUGAAGACAAGGCUAGCCCUGGAAUUGAGAUGGAGGGAGUGGAUGAUAAAAUCCCUGGGGCUUACGACUGCAACAUCUGUGGACGCAGGUUCCCUUUCCUCAGCUCUUUGUCGCAGCACAUGAGACGCCACACGGGUGCACGCCCUUACAAAUGCCCCUACUGUGACCACAGGGCCUCGCAGAAGGGCAACCUUAAGGUCCACAUCCGCAGCCACAAACUGGGCACGCUGUCCAGCCACCACUCCAACGAGGAUGAAGUGGGUGGGGCUGAGGAGGAGGAGAUGAGGGUUUCGGAAGGUCUCGAUGGAGGCACGAGUCCGACAAAGAGCAGCUCCGCCUGUAAUCGCAUGAUCAAUGGGGACGGCAGCGAGGAAAGCCGGAGGAAAGUGCCUGCGAGGAGCAUGAAAAGGGAGAAGUCUGUCACCGAUCAGCGGCCUUUCUGUUGUCGUCUGUGCGGCUACGAGGCCCAGCGGGAAGACCAGCUCCUCAGCCACAUCGAGAAGGUCCACAUAACAGCAGACGCAGAAGAGGAGGCCAUUGUUAAGGAAGAGGCCGUGACUGAAUCCGAAGCCAUCCAACCCCAGGGUGAUGGGACCUUCCCAUGUGAGACUUGUGGCCAGGUCUUCACCCAAGCAUGGUUUUUGAAGUCACACAUGAAGAAACACGCAGGGAUCCUGGACCACUGUUGUCGCAUUUGCGGGAGACGGUUCCGUGAAGCUUGGUUCCUCAAGUCUCACAUGAAAACACACAACACCAGAUCCAGGUCACGGUCAAAACCAGAUCCGGCUGAGCACCCAGCAACCAUCAACGAUGUGGCCCAAGAUCCUGAUGUUGCUGCUGGUUCUGUUGCAUCGAUCUAUCACAUGUGCUCCAAAUGUGGGAACCUGUUUCACAGCAAAGAGAGCCUGAGAGCCCACGAAAAAGUCCACAGUCUCAGCUACGGCAGGAAAUCCCAGAGCAAAUGCAGACCCAGUGAUGAUGAGGACUCCCCAGCUGCUAAGAGGCGUUUCCUUGACUACUUCAACCUUCAGCCUGCUGAGGGACAGACCCUGGAUGAAGAGGAAAAACAGGAGAAAAAGAUUCUGGGUCAAAGAAUCCCAGAGCUAGAUCCAGUUUGCAGCUACCAGGCCUGGCAAUUAGCCACUAAAGGAAGGGUUGUGGAGCCUGUGGAGCCUAGUUACAAGGCCUCUUACGGGGGAGGAAGCAUGGGGGAAGAGGCCCUCGCCGGAGCUACUGUGGUUUUUGAAAAGGAGAGCAGUCGAUAUGUCCUGCAAGGUCAGGAGAAACGCGGCCCGGGCAGACGCAGCAGCUCUGGGUUGGGAAGCCACACCUCUUCAGGGGACCGGACACCAGAGAGCCUCAGUGACUCGGAGUACCGACCUUCAUCUCGCCAGGACAGGCGGCGCCCGUCGCAGUCACAAGCGUCCACGAAGUCCAACGAGUGCUUUGAGUGCGGGAAGGUGUUCCGCAGUCGCCACCAGAUGAUCGUCCACCAGCGAGUCCACAGGAAGGAUGGAGGCAGGGCAUCCGUGGGGGACAAGGAAAGAACUUCCAGCAGAGACGACCGAUGGGGCUCAACAAGUGAUCCAGAGUCAGGCUCUCCCAGCCGGCCCAGCACUCCAGGGUAUGGAGACUCUCCGCCAGCCUCCACCCUUGUAGACCAGGCCUCAGAGAUGGGUACAUCAAACUCUGGUGAGCUCACAGAUGACAAGCCUUACAUCUGCAGCCUGUGUGACUUUGUCACCGCAGAGUCACAGGCCUAUCUGACCCAUGUUCGUGUUCAUCACCCCGCUGCCUCCAAAGACAGUCCCCGGCCCACUCCCAGCCCCAGCUCCAGCUCCAGCUCAGGCAGAGGCGCCUCUGGUGGAUAUCCCAAACUGAAGAAAGCUCUUCUUCAGGGGCUGAACAACUCCGCGUCGCCUCCUCCUUACCUUUCAGCUCGAUCCUCUCCGCUCGAUCCCAGCAUGGCCCCCGUGGAUCUGUGCGUGAGGGAGGAGGGCAUCAGGGGCCGGGCCUCCUCAACUUCAGACGCGAAAAGCCUCCCUAGCCACAAGUGCUCCUUCUGCUCUCACUCCACCCGUUACCCAGAGGUGCUCUGGAUGCACCAGACUGUGGCUCACCGCAUCAACAGCAGCAGCUCCAAUCUGGCUCCUAAAUGGGCUCUUAAAAACAACUCAAAGGGCUCCAGGGACAGCUUGUUAUCCUGCAGGAGACGCACUGGACCUCCGCCAGUCCUGGAAGGGAAGGAGUGUCAACCUCUGCCUCCACUGAUGCGCGGCCAACGCACUCAGCCUCCGACCGGCCCCAGUGAGGUCCCGAAGAAGAGCAGGCCAGCCACCGUUGCAGCCACGCCAUCAUCGUCCUCGUCAUCCUCAUCCUCAGCGUCAGCGUCGUCCUCCACACUAUGCACUUCUUCAUCUAGGGGCUCUUUAGCCACCUCACACAACCAGGGCGGGAGAGUCCCUGUGCGGCCCGGAAGCAGCGGCGGCGGCGGCAGCAGCAGCAGCAGCGGCAUGAAACACACCGAGGACCAGAGUCAUCAGUCUCGCUUCAGGCCCAAAGUGGAUAUGUACCCCCGGGGAAGCUCGGCGUCAUCUUCUAGCUCACUGGAGAAGAACACCGGCGCCCUCUCUCGCUCCUCGGCCCCGAGUCCCAGCGCCGCUGCGGGUUCAAGGAUGACCGAGCGCUACUUGAUGCAUCAAGAGGGUCUGGGGUUCAUGCUGUCCAGCAAGCACGGCCUGGCAGAGUACAGCCGGGCCAGGGGCUCCCCCCAUCAGCCGCUUCCCAACUCCCACAGCCAGGCCAGGGCUAACACUACGAGGCCCAGCGCCAUCACCCACAGUUCAGCAGCAGGCCACAACUACGGCGCCUCCCAGGCACAGGGAGGCACUCUGCACAGUUCUGCCUCCCCUUCCUCCUCCUCCUCCUCCUCCUCUUCCUCCUCAUUACCUUCGGAGGCCCGCGGAGACGUUAAGCAGGAGCCAAUCGCAGAGACGCCAGAGAUGCCAACCGACGUUCUCGGCUUCCUCAAAAACUACAGCCCGCACGAGCUGGCCGCCCUGUACCACCGCUGGGGUGCAGCCAAUGCCCUGCUGGAUCCCACUGGAAUGCUGAGGUCCCUCAUGCGGCAGGGCCAGUAUUUCUGCCACGAGUGUGGGAAGAGUUUCAGUCAGCCCAGCCACCUGCGCACUCACAUGAGAUCCCAUACAGUUGGGUUUGAUUUUAACGGACUCCACAGAGGUACUGACGCUCACACCACCGCUUCUGAAGCUCCCAAACAAGGGAGAGGCCAUUCUGCUGCCAGCUCUGCCCAUACCGAGCCUCUCAGAAAGGGAACCUAAAGACGCACGUCCAGAGCGUCCACCAUAUGCCUUUUGACAACAGCCAGUACCCCGACACCAGGAGCUUGCUACUGAGCCAGGAGGAGCAAGGAGCGCUGGCUGACAAACACCCAUCCACACCACAACAAUAAGAAACUCUAAAGACAGCUGGACCUGAGGACCACCCGAGUCAGGGAAUCACACACAAAAAACAAAAAUCCAAGAUUGUGCGAAAGUGAGCUUCUCCUCUCCACCCGAUGUCAUUCAGUGACUUUAGAAGAAUUUUCUACUGUGAAGGUUCUUGUAGUUUUUCAUUUUUUUCUUUUCUUUUUAAAAAAAAAAAAAAAUCAGUAAGAGACUUAUUUAUAGUUAAAAUUACAAAGAAGGCCUGCGGCGGAAAAGAGUGUCUUGUGAUGAAGAAGGAAGUAAGUGUCUCCACAGAAGGAAAAGGUGGUCUUCUUUAACAGGAAGCCGCCGUGAAGGAUUCCUGAAUACAGAAGCCCUCAAAAAGUGAAAGAGUUGCCUCUUGCUGCCGAUUUGGAGGUACCGCCCGAGAAAAGUGUCCUAGUACAGCUUUAUAGGAGAAGUCGACGUCUUUACGUAAAGACAUUGUACUCGAGGACCGUGGCGUCGCGCGGCUGCUGUAGUUGCCCCGUCAACACUUUUGUUUUUCCCCCCUGUUUUUCUUCUUCUUCUUCGCUUUAUUGUACGUGAGAGUUUGAGUGCAUUCCUCAGGGCGCCAAUCAUCAACCCACAGCAAGAGAGGACGCUGUGCGGUUCAUCAACAGACAACCGGCGACAUGGCGAGUGGGUCUCCUCUGGGUUCUGCGUCUUUCUUUCGGCCUGUGCAUGCGUGUGUGCGUGCUCCGGCGCGUUAAACUCACUUCCCUCCACUUUCGCGGUGUUAACGGUGGGAAUGCAGUGACCGUUCUGAGGCUGCGUAGACGCUGAUUAGAAGGAGAGAGAAAGAUGGAGAGAGGCGGGGGAGAGACAGAGAGAGAGAGAGAGAACGCUAAUGGGGGUGUCUGCUUUAGUGCUCAUUAAAAAAAAAAAAAAAAAAAAGCUUGCGUUUUUAAUAGCCAAUAUAAAUGAGUGUACCAUUUUUAUGGCCAUUCAAUUAUUGUCCAUUUAAGAGGAAGGGAGCGGGCGGAGUUUUCCGUCAUAACCUUUCAUGUUAGAGUGUUUUGAUUUUAAAUUAGACUGACUCCAUAACAGUGGGAGUGGCAGGAACAUGACAUCGACUGCACAGAUUUUGCACUGGCAAGCCCCUCAAAAUUAAUAUUUGGGACCAAAAUCAUCUUCUGUUGGACUUAGGCUACAAAAUACUUGUAUAAAUACUGGAAAUGAAUGCCACUGCCUUGCAGUAGCUUGACAGACUUCACCAUCCGGUCGUAGCUCCCUGUCAUUUAACAAGUUGCGGUUUCACGGCAAAGGAGGAGGCGCCACGGACCAACUACCGAAAAGAUAAUAGAAAAACAAAACCGUAUCAGCUAGCGUGGCUCAUGCAAAACAAAACAAAAUGUCUCACCUACCUUUCACAUGUUUAGUGUGGAAGAACACCCUUUGGAAGCUGUCACAUGGUGGGGGGAUGGUUGAAAAAGUCUGACAUGCUUUGUGUCUUUGUGUUGUCAGACGCGUAAACCAGUUGUCGACCAGACAUUGCAAUGCUAAUUUUUGGUAUUUUUGAACCCGACGAGGGCCUUUUUUUGGUGGAAAACCAGUCAAAUUGCAUUUUUUUUUCACCUGCUAAAUAUCGGAAAGACUCUAAAACUUAGAUAAUUGCAUGAUCUUCUUUGUCUUCUGUCUUUGCGCUAAGCUAAGUCAGCUACCUGGCAAUACCUGACAGACGCACAUGACAGCAGUGUUGCUCUUUCCCUCUAACUUCUCGGCAACAAAGUGAAGCCUUUAUGUUUCUCCCCAGACCGUACGCCAGGUGGAUUUGUUUAACAGAUAAAACAUACGUAUAAUUGAACGCAUCCACUAUGUAUUAGCGUGCUCGUCGGACAUGCAAACACCAGAGCUGAUUUUGUUACUGGAACACUUAAGCAGACUUACGUGGCAAACUCCCAUGCCGUGGGUUCAAUUCAUUUGAAUGGCGGUUAAGAUUUGCAUCCUAGGAGGACGGAGUGAGUAGGUCAGAAAGAGGGAGAUAGAGAGCAGCCAGCGGUCAGGAGGUCAGGAGGUCAGACUUCAGAGAGUUCAGGGAUAAAUACACAAGUUGGAAGAUAUUUUGAAGCCUUUUCCAUGUCACAGCCUCAACACAGGUGUGUGUGUGUGUGUGCUAGGUGUGUUUGUGCAUUCUUUACAAACCUGUGUACGGUAGUUUCGGUGUAUGCUCGCUGCUCCUUCUAGAUGCUUCGUAUACUAGGCUACCUCCCUUCCUAUGAAUUCAAGUGUUUUGGCUGGAAAAUGAUUGAAAUUCAUGCUUCAGCCUGUUGGGAAAAAGCAAAAUCAGAGAGCAAGAGCGAAACGGCCGUUUCUUAGAUUACGACUUCACACCGGCUAAAGAUAGUGGUGCAUACAGAGUACUGUUCUUUCCACCUGUUUUAAAUCCUCCUUUCUUAUUUUUCUUUCUUUUUCUUUUUUUACAUGAACACAUGAUGUAAAGGUUGCUGGUUGUUUAGUUAUGCAUACAGUAUCGUGUGCUUGAAUAUGCCUAAUAAUACACAAAUGUGUAUAUUGAAGGUGUGGGUAGUGAAAAUACUUGAAAUGGAUACUCUAGCCUUUGAGGUAGUGUAGUACUAAUACCAAUGUUGUACAGAAUUCCCUUUAAGAUUAACUCCUCAGUUACGAAUUUGUACUCCGAAGUGUGACUUAGAAAACGUAUGAAGCGUAUGGAGUGUAUGUAAAAUAAAGUGUAUAUCUGUAAUCCACUCUUACCAAACCCUUUAUAUACAGCAGUAGAAACCAAAUGGCAUUACUAGUGCACUUAGACUAGGUUAGUGCUUUAACAAUUGUCAUUUUGUCCUGUUCUAGGUAAGGUUUCUUUGAGAGUUUUUUUGGGUUUUUUUUUGUUUUUUUUAAACGGUGCCGGCUAACACACUUUAAUGUUAUUUCUGGUUUAGACGCUUUCGUUGUUGAUUCCAUAGAUUUAAAUGGCAAAUGACUUGUUCUGUGACAGUUGUGCGGCACAGCUUUUUAGCUACUUUUCCUUAAUGGGAAGUCGGAUAAUGUGCUAGGUGCUGCAGUGCUUUUUUUUUGUUUUUGUUUUUUUUUUUAAAGAUGGUAAGAGUGUGUUUUUAGUCUUUCUCUUCGCUAAACUGUAGGAUUUGUUCGGUAGCUAGUCACGGCUGCCCUCCCAGAGGGGCUGGCAGGUGUUGUUUUUUUCUCUUUGGUUGGGUUUUUAUCAUGCCUCUUAAUUUGUAUUGUUUGUGUCCGUAUUGCGUUAUUAUUAUUAUUUUUUUAAUUUGUUAUGAACUUGAUUAAUUUACUUAGAAGACAUUAUUAUUCCAAAUGUAUUUGGUUGAUAUCUGUAUUUAUUAUCACUUCAAAAAGGAUAAGAGGACGGAGGCAGACGGGAUUGUUGCUUUUAAUUUGAUUUUCCUGGGGUGUCGUUGCUGUUUUUUUUUGUUUUGUUUUUUUUUUGUUUCUUUUUGUAUACUGUGUAGUUUUCAAGCCAGCAAGCCGAUGUGAAAGCUCUACCUCGUCUGAGCCAUUCUCAGUUCUGUUACACUUUUGUACAUCAUUUCAAAAAGAUGUAAUGUCAUGUCCACAAUAAAGACACACAAAAUGGCACCUGUUGGCGCUGUUUCA